AUGCCAACACUCUUGCGUGUUUCUAGUGCCCUCACCGACUCAGAUGCGAAAAUGAAUGGGGUGUCAGGGCCUGAUUGGGACCUGAUUCUUGACGAGACGAAAAGCCUAUCGCCGUCAGAAGCGAGUGAGCGUCCGUGGGAAAAAGACGAACGAGAUGUGACUCUGUUUGGGAGUUUUGCGCUGGAUGACUCCGUCGAUAUCGUGGCGUGUUCGUCCUGCAAGAAGCCAGUGCUGCGAGAAGCAUUCCCAUAUCAUACGCAAAACUGCACGAUGGCACGGUCUAUUAAGGAUGGAAGCCUAUCACCGAGCGUGCUGAAGAGCUCCGUGCCAAGUACAGGCGAUGCUGCCGCUGGUGGCGAGAGUCUUCUGUCGCAAGAUGCAGCGGCAGCACGGCGGAAGAACAUGGGUGGCGGGAAAAAGAAUCGAGGUCCCAUCAAUCUUGAUCGACAGUGCGGUGUGAUCAACAACAAAGGCUUGCCAUGCUCGCGGUCACUUACGUGCAAGUCGCACAGCAUGGGUGCGAAGCGAAACGUGCCAGGUCGAUCGCAACCCUAUGAUAUACUACUAUUUGAAUGGCAAAAAGCCACGAACCCUGCAUUUGUGGCACGUCUGGAAGAAAAAGAGCGCCAGAUAGCGGCGAUGAAAAGUGCGUCGCAAGCAAAUAAGGAAAAAAAGCGCAAAGCUGCGCAUGAAAAGCGUGCCGAUCCAACGGAGCGUGAAGCAAGUGGAUCGUCAUCGCGCGUGGCUGUGGACCAUGCAUCUGAUAUGUACAAGGCUGGAGCGACGUUCCAAGAAGUCGAUCGCGAUCUAUUCAGCACGCUCCACUCGAUCCACUCUGUUGCUGCACGCGAACGCACCAACAUUCUGCCGAUGGCCACUCGCAGUCUUGCCGGGCAGUACACCACACGCACGAAACGGUUCCGUGUAUUGCGCCAGUUUCUUGCACAAGGCCUCAGUGGCACAGCACAUGUCCGUGCACGCAUCAACGAAGUGGCAGAAGGUUCGCGCGAUCCAUCGUGA